UUGUAAUGGCCAUCCAGAAGGGUAGCAGUGGUAAGGAAGUCGCCAUGGUACAAAAGAAGGAGAAAAGCUGUGUGGUUCAGUAGCAUCAGGACAGCUGGAUCAGGAUUUGCAUCAGGAAAUGAUUUCUGUUUAUGAUUGGACUCCUGGAAACGCAAGGGGAGUCUAUGAUGUUUGCUCAGAGUCAUUUCCAAAGGAUGUGAACCGGUCUUUUUUAAAAUAUCAGUUUUAAUUGCAUUUCAUUUUAUCAAAUUUGAGAUAGAAAUGUUCAUAUUCACAUAAUCUUGUUAAUUGAAGGGGGCAUAUUUUGUACUAUCUGUUUACACUUGGCAACCAAGGCAUUUGUCAUCAUUACAAUGUAAGCAUUUAUUUCAAUGCUCAUCACAACCAGCAAAAUAUGCCUGUAAUACAUAUUCUCCACUGCUAAAGCAUGCAUUUCAUGUUUUUAUAGAAAUAACGUUUAUAUCUCUAUCUCCAAUGUCUUGUUCCUCUGAUUCUGUCUGACACUAAACAUUUGUCAGGAGCGACAUCUAGAGGUUACAACAGUUAAGUUAUUCUUAAGUGCCCCUCUUGGACGAUAAGCUUACAGCUUGAAUUGACAGAUUGUAACAUGGUUAAAUGAUCAGAUUGAUAAAAAUGACUGAAUUUUUCUUCUUCUUUCAAAUAAUAAAUAAAUACAUAAAUAAAAUGAUGUCAAGACAAUUUAUUUAUACAUCACAUUUUACGCAACAGGGUUGACCCAAAGUGCUUUAGAAAUUAUUACAAUGUUAUUUACAAAUUAUCAAAUGAUUACAUAAAAAUGCCAAAAUACCAAAUAAUAAUACAAUAGGCUACAGAAUACAAAAUGCCUACAUAAGAAAUAAAAUAAAAUGUACGUAAAAUAAUAAUUUUAAAAAAUGAUGUAAUUAGGAGGUGCUAUAAUAUGUAAUAUCAUAAUUAUCCAUAUAUUUGUUAAUUAUGAGGCAUUAGGCUACUUGUAGGGCAUUAUUACCAACCGUAAGCUUUUAAAAUGGCCUUUCCUUUUUGUUGCUUUGGUAGACUGAAAACAGGUAGAACUUUUUAGAAUCUCUGAAAAUAAACAUGAUGUCAUAAAUGUAUUGUCAGUGAUGAAUGCAUGAACAAUGAAUCAAUAUUCAGAGUAAUAGUCAUUAAAUGGAAAUGCGUGGGAAAAGGUAAGUAGUUUUGAUUAACUAGUUCUAAUGAUUUUGCCUUAUAGUACUAUUCACAUUUUUUUUUUUUUUUUUUUGUAAUGUGUAAGAUGUGUUUGAUACAGUUUAUGUGUUUAUGUAUUAUUGGCCAUAUGUUAAGACAUAAAGAUCCUAAAGAUCACAAGUAGAAUCACUGGUAAAAAAAGGUUGCUAGGACACAGUUGUCAGGGAGUCUUCUAUCUCUUUUGUACACUCUCAAACACAAGCAAUUUCCCUAAACAGCACAACUCUAAGGGAUUGGAGAAUGUGUUGCUCUUGAGAGCAGGUUUCGCUGCAAACGUCAGUUUGGUAGAGGUUUGAAGCAGAGUGGAGCUCAGGCUGAAUCAUCUCUUACAACAGACAGAAACAAAUCUUUAGGCCAUGGUCAUUGUUGGUCAACUGUUUCAACUUCUACAUUUCUUUCCAUACCGAUUAUUGUCAAAUGUAGAAGGGUUUUUUUUUUUUCUGGAGGACUGUUUGACCCUUAUCCAUCAUGAGUUUGAAAGCAAGAGUGAUGCGUGUCCGUGAGAUUGCAUGGGCUCAGGAGGAGUGUCCAUUCUUUGAGCCAGUGGAUAUCGCCUCUGAGGGAAAUGGCUUGUGUGCUCCUGGCCUUUUCAAAUCAAGAAAGGUGAGGCCUGUUGCCAGAAUCAAGAAAAGUUCCAUGUCUCUGACUCAGAGCUCACCUAAGGAGUUCUUUUUGACACUGCUGGAAAGAACUGCGAUAGAGGAGCUAUGUUAUAAGGUGAACAGAACCCUUGAUGAGGACCUUACAAUCUACUGUCAGAAUACAGAGAGGUUGGCAGAAGUUCAUUACUUUGACUUUGUCAUGUGGAUUGCCAUUGGCCUCAGAAUUGGGCUUCACACUGAAGCUUGCCUGGGUCGUCCUGUUCGGAUCACGCCGUCCAUAGAGAACUGGUUGGAGAAGUUGAGCGGUUCUUUCCAGAACACCCUGCUGUGUUUAUGCAGACGCGGUGAGGAGGAGCACUGGGAGAUUCUCCACACGCUCAGAGAGCACGUCUCACGUCGCUUCCAAGAAACAUACACACCUGGCCAACAGCUGCUGGUGAAGAAGUUCAGCCUUUUGGUGGACGGUCAGGUUUGCCCCCUGAAUGUGGCCGUGCUCUUUGAGCUCUCAACUGGCUAUAUGUGCAACUUCUACCUGUACUCCAUGCCGCUGCUCCAGAGAGGCUCUCAGGCAUCAGUAUUGGAGCAAGUGCUUCACCAUCUCCUCAAACCAUACGUCAACAAGGGCUACCAUGUGCAACUGGACAGUUCAGCCUUCAUGAAGGGCAAGCUAACCCAGAUAUUCUCUGGCCUGGGAAUAAAUCUCAAGGUUGUGAACUUUGGCCUGAAUGAGCCUGUGUCUGAGAACGAGUGCCCUCCAUUGGUGGAGCAGUACUCAAAUCUGCUGCAGUCUCAUCUCCAGGGCUGGGUUGGCCCUGCGGUGCUAAGCAACUCGGGUGUCACAGACAUGCUCUUCCAGGGCUUCUGGCUGACCGUGCAUCUCACUGCCAUCAACUCCUUUGUUAUGCACUCAAUGCCAGUUAUGAAAACUGAGGGAUGCAUGAAUUUGAGUGAGUUUGUUAAAGUCGUUGCCUCACAACUGCCCAUGGAAUACUUUCUAGCAACUCCAGGGACAUCAGAAGCACGCAACUCAACAGACUGGUGUUGUAACUCAAAUGCAAGAACUUGGUCUUCUGACAGCGGCCGCUGCCUGAUCUCUCCAGAGGAGCUCAGCUCCACCAGCAGCGGUGUCUCUGGGGCCCGACGGCAGCCGGGCCUGUGCGGCCUGGUCAACUCGGGCAACUCCUGCUACAUGAACGCUGUGCUGCAGUGCCUCUGCAGCACCGUGCCUCUGGUGGAACACCUCCUCAGCGAGCAGACCAAGGAGGACAUAUCCAGGAGGUCCUGUGAGGUGGCAGGGGCCUUUGUCACUUGCCUGGAGACAAUGUGGUCAGGACAAAUGGACACUUGGUGCCCUUCCAAAGUGAGAGGGAAAAUGUGUGGCCAGCACUCUCUAUUUAGCAACAACUCUCAGCAAGAUGCCCAGGAGUUUCUUCUCUUCCUCUUCAACGCCCUCCAUGACGACCUCGUCAAGAAUGGAGGCAAACUAAAGAGGGUCUCCAGCACUAAACAGGGCAAGAAGACCCCUAACCUUGCCACUGACUCGUCCAUCAUCACAAACCUCUUUGAAGGCCAGCUCACCUACAACACUCUCUGUAUGCACUGUGACCAUCAGACGCACAGCAACCAGAUCUUCACCAUCCUGUCCCUGCCCAUCCCACCCGACAACUACAAGUGUCCACUGCAGGACUGCCUGGCUCUGUUCUUCCAGCAGAGCACUCUGACCAAAGGAGACCAGAUGUGGUGCACCCAGUGUGGGAUGAGGCGCGACGCGGCUGUCCUCACCACGCUGUCUCAACCCCCAGAGGUUCUCAUACUUCAUCUGAAACGGUUUGAUUGUCAGGGACAAACCAAAAGGAAGCUUAGAACAAAUGUAAUUUUCCCUUUGACAAAUUUGGAUCUUUCUCCUUAUCUAAGCAAUUCAUCAUCUCAACACAAUAAUUAUUCAUUAUAUGGUGUGGUGAACCACACCGGCGACUUGGACAUGGGCCACUACACCGCAUGCUGCCGCAGCAGCAUGACCAGGAGAUGGCACGUGUUUGAUGAUGCCAAUGUGGAGAGCCUCCCAGAUGUUGUUGUUCAGUCCCCAGACGCGUACAUCCUUCUCUACUCACGAGAACAAUAUAGUAGACCCCGUAUUCCAGCGGCGCGCCUUCACACACGUUAGCAACUAACAAUGGCAAUAUCAAAUGGAAAUGUAAUAGGUUUACAGAACUCAAACUUUAUAAAAAAUGUAAGUCCUGCUAUGUCAAGAUGGAUUGUUAUAUUUGGUCAUGUAAAGAGCAUAUUUGAAAUAAACUAAAUACAUUUGAACAUAAAA